GUUCCUUUCGCUGCUUUUUGUGAUCUCUUGUUUCCGCGAUGGCUCGUACGAAGCAGACGGCCCGCAAGUCCACCGGCGGCAAGGCGCCCCGCAAGCAGCUGGCCACCAAGGCGGCCCGCAAGAGCGCCCCGGCCACCGGCGGCGUGAAGAAGCCUCACCGCUACCGGCCCGGCACCGUGGCGCUGCGGGAGAUCCGCCGCUACCAGAAGUCCACCGAGCUGCUGAUCCGCAAGCUGCCCUUCCAGCGGCUGGUGCGGGAGAUCGCCCAGGACUUCAAGACGGACCUGCGCUUCCAGAGCUCGGCCGUCAUGGCCCUGCAGGAGGCCAGCGAGGCCUACCUGGUGGGGCUCUUCGAGGACACCAACCUGUGCGCCAUCCACGCCAAGCGGGUCACCAUCAUGCCCAAGGACAUCCAGCUGGCCCGCCGCAUCCGCGGGGAACGGGCGUAGAUUUCCUGCCGCCGCCUGAUUUUCCAACACCCAAAGGCUCUUUUAAGAGCCACUCCCAUAUUCCCUGAGGGGCUGCCACAUUGAAAAAAUGCAGUAUGUGGACUGUAAGUGGGAGAGGAGUCUCCAGAUGAGGGGGAAGAUAAUAGGUGGUGUUGGGUAUCCGUGUUCCAACCCGCGCAAUUCACCUGGCAUCUUUGGGUAUUUGAAGUUUAGCAAAGUUUACUUUUGUCUUAUUACCUGUGCUUAUUACCUCGCUUGUAAAAUCGGGAUAGGAAUUUAAUAACGUUCCAGGCACUGUAUAUUAAACGCUAGGUGGAUAAAUUGCGGGGCGGG